ACUCUGAUCUCCAAGUGAUGUCUUCGGCCUCAAUUCCUUCUUUGUGGCUUUGCCGCUUCAGGUUUCAAGACUCCGGAUCUCCCAAACUAUGCAAUCAAGUCUCAACAAACCCAAAUAUGUUUCAACACAUGGCAAAACCGGCUGCUGGAAACUUCGGACUCGUCUCAACUCGAGGUCGUCUUCUCUUCCCAAUUACCACCUUGCCCCUUCUGGAAAGUCCCUCAAACUGGGCAGCCCCGUUUCUUUGCAUUCUCUUUUCGCCUGCGCGCCAAAGAGUAAUACACCACUUACCCACAAACCUACCAGAGUCUUCAUUCCAGCCCGUCACUCAAGUCUUGUCCGGUCGAAAAUGGGAUAUCUAGGUCAACGGGCUUUGUGGACGACUGCAGGGAUCGCUUCAGCGUUUCAGAGCGAGCUCAGUCAGCAUCUUGCCCACCAAGCUGUUCCGAGCCUGGGCGCUUUCCAAGACUGUCCCAAGCAACCACGUGAAAAAGACCACUGGCUCAGCGGCCGCCAAACCCUAGCUCUGCCUUUUUAUAACCAUUCGCCAGAUUCUGCUCUCAAUCACAACUGAUCCUGGGAUUACCCCUAAGAUCAUCAAUACGGAAGGGUGGCCGAGUUGGUUAUGGCGCCAGGUUAAGGUCAGCUUAACAUCUGUUUCCUGGUGGGGCAACCCGCGCGAGUUCGAGUCUCGUCCCUUUCA